AUGAGCAUCAAGAACUUUGCAAAAAUUGUUGAAAACUUCGCAGUGRUAGUUCGAUUUCAAAGCCAUUCAACAAGAAAUGGUGUUAUUGGYAACAAUUUUGAGUUGUUUACCGUGAAAUCUUUGAAGAAACAUGGCAUGGAAGUUWAUCUUUGUGGUGGGCCGGGAGAUCGUGGUGUAGAUUUCCGAGGAAAUUGGAAUCUACGAUCUUGUUCAGUAAAAACGAUUGGACAGUGUAGAUUUUCUAAAAGAAAAUUAGGACCCGUUCAUUUACGAGAGCUGGAGGGGWCAUUGAGCCACGAGCAGAACAACACUCUUGGGAUUAUUGUUACUAACAUUGGUUUCACAAAGAAURCAUAUCAACAUUUUAUGAGCUCAUCUUUUCCACUUGUUAUGUCGGUGCUUGGCUUCAACAAAUCAGACUACAAUAUCGAUGAAGAUGAAAAACAUUUCACAAGAUAUCACAGCAGUGGAGAUGAAAACAAAAAUGGGAAAAUUGAAAAGAGAUAUACAAAAUUAAUUUGUGACAAAGAUAUUGCUAGUAACAAAUAUUGGGAAGUUGAUGGUAUUCCUAGAAAACUGGGUGAAAAUUACAAAUGCAGUAAUAUUGAAAAUGGUGAARCAUUUAAUGGCGAGAUACUGCUGUUUGAUUUAAAUGUGACUGCAAGACAACUCCUACCAAAUCUCAUUGUAGCCAAGGCUAUGAAUACAUCUGGUUCAUCCACUUUGUUAUUUGAAARUGGAAAUGUGAUCACUAUUACRUAGCUAAACAUAAUUUCUUUACAGCAAGCACAGAGUCCAUCUGAAAAAACAUUAGAUUGUGAAAAGGUUAUUAUCAUAACAAAGCUAARACUGGAAGGGCUCUUGGGUACUCAGAAAUUCAAAUCAUAUUUGCCUAAACAUGUUCCAUUUUAUACUGGCCAUCCCUUUCUCUCUUAGCUUUGAAGAUGUAAAUUUUUGCAUAUUAAUAUAGACCUCAUGUAGCUUAAUSUCUGAUAACAACAAAAAGGGGUUUUUACCUAUUARAUAAUUAUGAAGCAUUUCUUAAAGAUAAAUUAACAUAACAUCUAUAAAUUAAUUCUUAUAAACUGCGUUUAGGAGAGUCAUCUUUUUUUAAGCUAGCAUUUCUAGACCAAGUUCAAUAAAGUGGUAUUAUUAUUUGAAAUUUGAUGAAURCUAUCACUUAAUCCCAACAAACAAUAACUGUAAAUAUACAAGUUCACACUAAACACAAUUGAUGCACCUGUUAACAGAUAUGUUU